AAUCAAUGCGCGUGCUGCGGUCGUUAACCGCGUCGUUUUUUGCUUCCUGUUGACAAACCUGCCGGGUUGAAUACAGUUUGAUUUAUAAACAUUAACAUACAGACAUUUGUUUCCCAGCUGUAAAAGAGGAUUUAACUUUAAUCCAGCACUUUAAUCCAACAAGCGAAAACUCCUCAUCUGCAAUGGAAGAUAAAGUCAAAGAGCUCGUGUCAAAGUGUCUGCAGGCCCGGGACAUGGCCUACUGUCCGUACAGCCGGUUCCCCGUCGGUGCCGCCAUAUUAACAGCAGAUGGCGCUAUAAUCACAGGCUGUAAUGUGGAGAAUGUCUCCUACGGGCUGACGGUGUGCGCUGAGCGGACGGCCGUCCAGCGGGCCGUGGUGGAAGGACACAGACAGUUCACUGCCAUUGCUGUGACAUGUGAUAUCAAAGACCGUUUUGUUGGGCCAUGCGGAGCAUGUCGACAGGUUCUUAUGGAGUUUGGAUCAGACUGGAUCGUAUACUUGACCAAGCCGGACGGAUCUUACAAAGAAACCAGCCUCAGUGAACUGUUGCCUCUCCCCUUUUCUCCGGCCCACCUCGCGAAGAACUGAUGAAACCUCAGCAUCCUCUUCAGACGUCACUUUUUUUCAGACGUCACUCUUUUUUUUCUCCAGCUGCAGUGUCUCUUAACCCUCCUGUCACCUUUAGGGUCAAUUUGACCCCAUUCAAUGUUUAACGUCGGUGUUCUUUGGGGUCAAUUUGACCCCAGGCUGUUUUUCACUGUGUCAAACAUAUAAUAAAUAUCAACUUAAACUUGGGAAACAAUAUUAAUUAUAAUAAUUUUCUGGAGGUUUUAAUUGCUGGGGUCAAAUUGACCCCGAGGGUAAAAUAUGUUAGUAAAUGUGAAGGUAACAGGAGGGUUACAUUAUGUUACAGCAACACUACAAAUUAAGAAAUAAAUAAAAUAUUUUUUUCUCCCUUCAA